AUGUUUUUGGCGGCAGUCCUAACCAUUUCUCUUGUCCUUUCGUCGUGUUCAACAUUUGUGUCAGGAAAGCUGCAGAACAUCACUGUCGACGAUACUUUGGGCGACCCUGUACUAGGUUUACAAAUCACUUAUUCUCCAUCGGACCUGUGGAGCUAUGGUCCGAAUUGUACAGACUGUGCUGCCCAUCCAGAGGCAGAAUUGGCUUACGACGGGACAUGGCAUGAUACCACAUAUAACAGUUCUCUUUCCGAAUCACCUUUCAAUGCAUCAUUAAUUUUCAAUGGCUCGGCAAUCUAUGUUUAUUGCAUCGUCUUCCACACCAUAGCGGAUCCUAAUGCCCAGGCAUAUAUGCGUUUUGCUAUCGACGAUGAGGUUGUCGGCACAUUUGAACUCACUCCCUCCGGUUCGGGCCAAGUCGACUAUCAUUACGCCGUUUACAAGAACGAGACAAUCAAUCCCGGGGUGCACACAUUCACGCUUAUGAAUGGCAGCCCGGGUGGGUCUACAUCGCUUGCUCUCCUCGAUUAUGUUAUUUACUCUAUGGAAGUUGCGGACGAUGUAAAUGAGCCUUCAGGAGUCGAAACUUCUACUACUCUUCCAAGUGCGCCGAUCGCAAACCACACGGUAUGGGUGACGACUGAUGGCAUCAGUGCAACUACAAGCCGAACUAUCAUAAUCGCUGUUUCCACAGUGGGCGGAGUCUUGUUAUUGACUGCUAUGAUACUUGUCUUCCUUUGGGCACGUCGCCGCCAUCGCAUAGUGGAACGCGAGGGUACUGUUCGCUGGGCCAAGGACUUAACUGGCCAGGGUCCAUCACUCCGGUCCUCUCGGACUUUUUUUCGAGCGCUGUUUCCAAGUACAGAUAGCAUACGGUCACAGUGGCAAGAUCGCGAGGGCACCGUGAAAAGCAAUGUCUCGACUCUUCUUGAAAAACCCCGCAACUGUGAUAUACCAGAGAUCUUACAGGUUCAAUCCCUGCAAGAUUCGCCUAACAUCAAAAAUUUAUCAGGUGAAGAUCAUCGCAGUACGCACAUGGAGGUUAAGACUCUGCUCCCCACCCCCCCACCUCGUCUUGUGGUGAAAAUUCCACAGCGUCUCCCAACUCCUGCUAUUUCGGACCGCGACAUCAAGGGGAUGUAUGCCCUCACCCAACCCGCCCCACCUCCCACUCCCGUUCUCCCUGUCAGCCGAGUCUCAUGUCCCCUUAAUCACGUCCCCCCUGUUCCGCCUCUGCCUCCGAAUAUCCGACCGCGGUCAACGGUGACAUUAUCCACGAGAACGCCAAGUUCGGGACCAGAGACGAGUCGGACGAGCGCGGCACUGACCUAUAUCAGCAUUGCAACCACUCCGACGAGCGUUGUACCAUCGGGCUACUUCAUUCCACAACCAGAGACGCCAGACAUGCCGGCGCGAGCUGACAGCGUUAAGACGAUCAAAGACCGUUCGACUCGACGGCCUGGCGCGAGGAGCAGAUCAAGAGCUGUGUCCACAGUAGAUGGCCCUAGUGGGGGGAGGGAUUACCCAGCGUUGCAGCCAGAGGUCGGUCCGGAACAGCUACCACAGCCGGCGAAGCCCUUGACCACUGAGGAGCGAGAUCCUCCAUCAUAUACACAGACCUAUGUCCGACCCGAAUCGCUCGCUGUCGACGAUGCUAUGAGCCUUUAUUCGCAGCCGUGA